AGGGUCAGAGAUACGGAGCAGUGGCUGGGGAUGGGCUGUGAUGUGCUGUUCCCCACCGUGCCCUGCUUUGCCAUCACCUCCGGGCGGCAGUUCGAGGCUCUGUACCCAGAGGGGAUGUGUCCCGGCUGGAGCGUCGUGGUCAAGGGCGAAACCAGCUCCAGCACCAGCAUGUUUGAAAUUAAUUUCCUCAGUCAUCCCGGAGAUCAGAUCGCCUUCCACUUUAACCCCCGCUUUGCCAGCUCCAGAAUUGUCUGCAACUCCUUCCUGGCCAACCACUGGGGGAAGGAGGAGGUGAACAAAACCUUCCCCUUCGAAGCCAAGGAACCCUUCCAGGUUGAAAUCUAUUCCGACCAGGAUUAUUUCCACAUUUUCAUUGAUGAAAACAAAAUCCUGCAGUACAAGCAUCGGCAAAAACAGCUUUCAUCCAUCACCAAGCUGCAGAUUCUCAAUGAUAUUGAAAUUUCUUCAGUGGAAAUCACCAAACGAGGCCUUUACUAGCAAAGGGAGUUGCUAGUAAGUCACCAGCCAUUCCCCCUUAAGUUCCUGAUCGGCUGGGGGCCACAUCCUCCACAUCCCCACCCAUCCUAUGCCAUCACCAGCCAGCCAGAUAGCUGCAGUACAUCCCUGCAGUGGAAACAACGGUCACAGCCUUUGCAUGCCACAGCAUUAGAGCAGCACCCAGCCACGCUGUUAGCUGUAGCCCAGAUCACUGAAGACCUUCUGCCUCUGUGCCCUAAAGUGCAAAACGCUCUUAUCUUUGCUGUUAGAGAUCACUGCUGCACAUCUGCCUUGAAUAGCCUGGAUAUUUUAAUGCUGCUCUAGAAAUUGCAUUUGCCCAAGAUUAGGAUGCAAAUUAGUGCUAGUCCUCAGCUGGCCACAUGGCAAUGGCUGCAAUGUGUAUGGAUGUUACCAAUGCAAAGGGACUGCAGGAGCUGGGUUAAAAUGCCACUGUGUUUGCCAAUAAAAUCCAACAAGGAAAUCCCCACUGAAACAUCCCUCACCGGGCAGAUCAAUUGAGUUCUUUAUUCCCUGCAAACCUAUAGGUGUGCAGUAUGAGCAACAGACGGUACCUGGGGCAGGAGGACACAGGUUGGGGGUUGCUUUACUCUGCACUGGGAAAACACUGCCCUUUUGCUCUGAGGGCUAAGGAAGUCCUGUCUAUGUAGGCCAAAGUGAUAAGAUGCAACUUGCAAGAUAUUUCCAGAAGAUACGUUCCACAGAGAUGUCUGCUCAGUCUGUGUCCUGCCAACUCCAGCCCUCUUAGGCAGACCCUGGGAGUGGUGCGGUGGGUCAGAAAAGGGUGAAGCUUAUCAGGACACAUAGAGGAACAUGGGCCCCUCAGCACGCAACAGAGAUGCAGCUGGACUCCAAAAACAAAAGAACAUCUUCAGAAGCCAGGGUCUGGAAACCUGUGAGCCCAGAAUGAACAAACUGCCACUUUUCCUGUAGCUGUUCUGACUUUUCUCUUUGCCCUGCCUACUUUCAUUUUCUCCUCUUUUUCAGUUGCCUUUCAGUAUAGUCCACUUCUGCCUUACACCCUCUUCUUUUUACUGUUCCCUCUUCCUUGAAGAGGGAAGUAUCUCUGAUUUCUUGACCAAGCCACUACAAGCAAAGAUGCUAUUUUUACUCUUUUAAUUGCACACAUUAAAAGCAUAAUGUCAC